CAAUUAUCCCGCUCGAUACCCCUCAUUCAAAUAUCAUCUCUUUGACCCUUCUUUCAGUGUUGCAUAUUCCAGACAACACCGUUACAAAAAUCAAUCAUAGAAAUAAAAAAUGGCGACGAAGAUAGGAAUGAUGGAUUCUGCAUAUUUCGUCGGUAGAUCAGAUAUUCUUUCUUGGAUUAACUCUACUCUUCAACUCAAUCUCUCCAAAGUCGAAGAGGCUUGCAGCGGAGCAGUUCAUUGUCAGAUGAUGGAUGCAGCACAUCCAGGGAUUGUGCCGAUGCAUAAGGUGAAUUUCGAUGCGAAAAACGAGUAUGAUAUGAUUCAGAAUUAUAAAGUUCUUCAAGAUGUUUUCAACAAACUUAAAAUCUCUAAGAACAUCAAGGUGAAUAAGCUUAUCAAAGGAAGGCCUCUGGAUAAUCUCGAGUUCCUUCAGUGGAUGAAGCGUUACUGUGAUUCUGUCAAUGGCGGUGGCUUAGACAAUUACAAUCCCUUGGAAAGGAGAGAAGCUUGUAAGGGAGGAAAAGAAACUACCAAGAAAAGUGCACCUUCAAAUCCUUCGACUAAGUCCUCAACAGCAGCGAUCAAGUCGAGCUCUACUCAAACCUCUCGAAAGGCUGAUGUCUCUUCUGUGCAUGCUGGAAGUCAAGCUGCCAAAGUUUCUCAACCUGUCUCUGAUGAAGUGGUUGCAUAUAAUGAACAGAUCACUGAGUUGAAGCUAUCAAUUGAUCAUCUUGAGAAGGAGAGGGAUUUCUACUUUGCAAAGCUAAGAGAUAUCGAAAUAUUAUGCCAAAUUUCUGAAAUUGAACAUCAACCAGUAAUUGAAGCAACAAAGAAAAUUCUUUAUGCUACUGAAGAUAAUGCAUCAGUGAUAGAAGAAGCUCAAGCAUUGCUAAUUCAGAAGAAUGUGGUGUCAUCAAGACCAGUUUCUGAGGAGACAGUCGAUGGCUUACAGUUGGAAACACUCAAGAGAAAGAUCAUUGACAACCUUGAUGUCGAUGUUGCUGCCUCCACAACUUUGUCUCCAAGGCAAAGGCUGUCGGAGGUUUCGGAUGUACACUUAAGUGGAUCACCCUUGUUGACUUGUUAGGUAUUCACUCUACUGCUGAUAUGAACCCUGAUGUCUGUCGAGUAACAAGUUAUACCAAAUUAUCAAUGGCUCGCUCUGGUACAUAAUAAAAGUUGAGAUAUAUCUGAAAUAUCAUCUUUUUUGCUUUGCGAGGAGACUCAAAACUGCUCUUAGCCUGUUGGUAUCCAUUCCCUAAUGUUGAAAAAUGUGACAGUUUAUAGCUUAAAAUUUUAUGCCAAAACUUUACUAGUUGUGAUAUUGUAUUUUUGUGCUGUCUUAUAUGAAUCAUUUGAACUAAUGAACUUUAUUGGUGAAAAUAUUGAUUUUUUUU